AUGGCUAUAAAUGACCUGAAAAAUAAUCAUGCUAUCACCAUCAAACCAGCAGACAAGGGAGGAGCAGUAGUGAUAAUGAACACCAAGGGCUACAUAAAAGAGGGUGACAGGCAAUUGUCAGAUGACAAAUACUAUAGAAAACUAAAUGAAGACCCCACCAAGGAAUAUACAUCACAACUUAGGGAGCUCAUUAAAUCCUUCCCUGAGAACUUACACCUAGAACUGCAAUCACUCAUACCAACUAGUCCCUGUAUGGGCACUUUCUAUAUGCUUCCCAAAAUUCACAAAACAGGUAAUCCUGGAAGACCCAUAAUUCCAGGAAUGGGAACUCUCACAGAACAGAUCUCAGGACUGGUAGAAAAUACCCUAAAACCUCUAGUCACCAACACUAACAGCUUCAUAAAAGACACAGCCGACUUCCUCAACAAACUCAGCCAAAUCACUAAUCUCCCUGCUAACACCAUCCUUGUAACCAUGGAUGUGGAAUCUCUGUACAGCAACAUUCCACAUACAGAUGGCAUCAAUGCUUGCUACCAUUUUCUCUCUCAUGUAAACAACCAAAAAUACAGCCCCCGAAUUAUCACAGAACUGGCACUGUUUAUCCUCACACAUAACUACUUCUGUUUCAACAAUGAGGUUUACCUACAAACCAUGGGCACUGCUAUGGGCACUACGAUGGCACCCCAAUAUGCUAAUCUGUUUAUGGCAGAUCUUGAACAGAGAUUCCUAGAAAUCCAACACACCAAACCAUAUAAAUAUUAUCACUAUAUCGAUGAUAUCUUCAUAGUUUGGACUGAAAGCGAAGAAAAACUGAUACAGUUCCAUGACUCUUUCAACACAUUCCAUCCAUCAAUCAAACUAAAAAUGGAAUAUUCCACUAGAUCUGUGAAUUUUCUGGACACCACUGUGACAUGUAAUAAUGGCACAAUCCACACCUCGGUUUACAGAAAACCCACAGACAGGUGCAGUUACCUACACAGCUCCAGCUUCCACCCCUCUCAUACUAAACAGGGCAUCAUCCACAGCCAAGCCACUAGGUACCAUCGCAUAUGCUCUGAUCCUAAUGACCGUAAUUCCCAUCUAAAUGUACUCUCCAAAUCUAUGAGACAGAAAGGCUACAAACCAACGACUAUUACCAAACAAAUCAACUCUGCUGUAAAAACGCCACGCAUGCGCCUGCUACAGUACAGAGAGAAAAAAAUAUCCACACGAGUGCCACUUGUGGUCACCUACAACCCAGCUCUUGAGGAAAUAAGAAAAAUCUUCAAAGACCUACAAUCAAUAUUAACAGAAGAUGAGACUCUGAAAAACAUUUUCCCUGAAACACCCAUUUUGGCCUUCAGACAACCACCAAACCUCCAACAAAAAUGA